AAUGGCAUUUCAGAAGGCAGUGAAAGGAACUGCUCUCAUUGGAGGAGGUGCCAUAGCAACAGUUUUUGGCCUCUCUCAAUUUUCUCAGUAUAGAAACAAACACGGUGCCUUUGUGCAUGUUCAAGCUGCAGAAGCUGUGACUGUUCCAAUAAAGAACCAUUUCCCCACAAGGGAACAACAAAUUUUGGCCCUGCAAACCACAAGUGAAUUUGAUGUCCUUGUUAUAGGUGGAGGAGCAACAGGAUGUGGCUGUGCUUUAGAUGCAGUCACUAGAGGUCUAAAAACAGCCCUUCUAGAAAGAGAUGAUUUCUCAUCAGGGACGAGCAGCAGGAGUACUAAAUUGAUCCAUGGUGGAGUGAGAUAUCUUCAGAAGGCCAUCAUGAAGUUGGAUUUUGAGCAGUACAAAAUGGUGAAAGAAGCACUUGAGGAGCGUGCAAAUCUUCUUGAAAUUGCUCCUCACCUAUCAGCUCCUUUGCCAAUAAUGCUACCUGUUUACAAAUGGUGGCAGUUGCCAUACUACUGGUUUGGAAUAAAACUAUAUGACCUCGUGGCAGGAAGUCAGUGUCUGAAAAGUAGUUAUGUCCUUAGCAAGUCAAGAGCCUUGGAGCUCUUUCCAAUGCUACGCAAAGACGAGCUUGUUGGAGCUAUUGUCUACUAUGACG